AUGAGCGAGCGUCAGCAACCAGAUGCCUCGAGCAGUAGCACUGAUCUCGAGCAACCCAACGUGGAAAAGCCCAUCGAUAUCCCCGAAGACGAAACUGAAGCAGCCGAUCGACCUAACGAUGCAGAGAACGUGACGGAAAAGACAACGGAGGGUGCGCCCCUAGAUCACGCACCCUCACAGGCGGCAAAAAUGGGCAAGAAUAAGAUCAUUGUCGUGAUGACGGCGCUAUGUUUGGCUCUAUUUUUGGCGGCUUUGGAUAUGACUAUCAUUUCCACCGCCCUCCCCACUAUCGCCGCCCAGUUUGGUGCCUCCGAGAGCGGUUUCUCAUGGAUCGCAUCGUCAUAUCUCUUGGCAAAUGCCGCCUGUAUCCCCCUGUGGGGUAAGAUCAGUGAUAUCUGGGGAAGAAAGUCUAUCAUUGUCUUGGCAAAUGUUGUCUUCCUGGUCGGCAGUCUGAUCUGUGCUUUGGCGCAUAACAUGGCCACCAUCAUCGCAGGUCGAGCGGUCCAGGGUGUUGGUGGUGGUGGUAUCAUUAUCCUGGCAAACAUCAGUGUUUCGGAUCUUUUCAGCUUGAGAGAUCGCCCGAUGUACUACGGUCUUUUCGGCGCAACCUGGGCCGUCGCAGGCGCUCUUGGUCCUGUUAUUGGUGGAGCUUUCACUACAAAUGUGACUUGGCGCUGGUGUUUCUAUCUCAACCUUCCUGUUGGAGGUGUCUCACUUGCUAUCCUUGUUCUCUUCCUUCACAUUGAAUCGCCCAAGACUCCAUUCUGGGCUGGUCUGCGCUGUAUUGAUUGGACAGGAACAUUCUUAAUCAUCGGUGGAACCCUGAUGUUCCUCUUCGGGUUGGAGUUCGGAGGCGUCAACUACCCCUGGGCCUCACCUACCGUCAUCUGCCUGAUUGUCUUCGGUGUGUUCACUUGGGCUCUGGCAAUGUUCCUGGAAUGGAAGGUUGCUAAGUUCCCGAUCAUUCCCCCGCGGCUGUUCAACGAGUGGUACAACAUUCUCAUCCUGCUCGUUUGUUUCUGCCACGGAUUCACCUUCAUCGCCGCUACCUACUAUCUGCCACUUUACUUCCAGACAGUCCUCCAGGCAAGUCCCAUCAUGAGUGGUGUGUAUGUCUUGCCUCUGGUGAUGUCUCUUGCCGUCGGCUCAGCGGCCACGGGUGUCGUUAUGAAGAAGACCGGCCGCUUCCGCGAGCUGAUUAUCGGUGGUAUGUCCUUGAUGGCCCUUGGAUUUGGUCUUUUCAUCGACCUCAAGGCCUACGCUUCAUGGCCCCGGAUCAUCAUCUACCAGUUAAUCGCCGGUGUCGGUAUUGGCCCCAACUUCCAGGCACCUUUGGUCGCUUUCCAGGCCAACAUCCGUCCCGCGGACAUGGCCACGGCAACAGCUACUUUCGGUUUCGUCCGUCAACUUUCCACUUCGAUGUCCGUCGUUCUGGGCACCGUCAUUUACCAAAACAUAAUGGGUCAACAAUCAGCCAAGCUCAUCGCCUCCCUAGGCGCUGAAACUGCUGCUACUAUUAUGGCUUCCUUCGGUGGCUCCUCCAAAUCCCUCGUCAACAGCCUUGCUCCCUCCCAGCGCGAGGUCGUCCUGGGCGCAUAUACACAUGCCCUGAACCGCAUGUGGAUCUUCUAUACCUGCAUGGCUUGUCUUGGCUUUGUUCUCGCUUUGUUCAUCCGCCGUCGUGAGCUGACUCGCCAUCACACCAUCCAGAAGACCGGCCUUGCUGAGCAAGAGCGUGCCCGCCAGGAGCUUAUCGACUCUCAGCGCAAGGAUAACUCGAAGCCUGAAAUCGAGGCCUAA